GGGUUUUUGUUGUCAUCGCAAAGAGAGUGUUGUUCUCAGAGCCGCUUCUGCCUCUCGCUUCAGUUUGGUGUUUGCCACUCCCAACCUCUCUCAACCAUGGCCGUCGGAAAGAACAAGAGAAUCUCAAAGGGCAAGAAGGGAGGAAAGAAGAAAGCAGCUGAUCCUUUUACCAAGAAGGACUGGUAUGACAUCAAGGCUCCUUCAAUCUUUAACAACAAGCAGGUCGGCAAGACUCUUGUCACCCGUACUCAGGGUACCAAGAUUGCUUCAGAGGGACUCAAGCACAGAGUCUUUGAGACAUCACUUGCUGACCUCCAGGGAGAUGAGGAGCAUGCCUACAGGAAGAUGAGGUUGAGAGCUGAAGAUGUCCAAGGAAGGACUGUUCUCACUAACUUCUGGGGAAUGAACUUUACAACUGACAAGUUGAGAUCUUUGGUCCGCAAAUGGCAAACCUUGAUUGAAGCUCAUGUGGAUGUGAAGACCACAGACAACUACACACUGAGGAUGUUCUGCAUUGGCUUCACCAGGAGACGUCCUAACCAGGUCAAGAGGACCUGUUAUGCUCAGUCUAGCCAGAUUAGACAGAUCCGCCGCAAGAUGACUGAGAUCAUGGUCAACCAGGCCACAUCUUGUGAUCUCAAGGAUUUGGUGCGCAAGUUCAUUGCUGAGAGUAUUGGCAAGGAGAUUGAGAAGGCUACUUCAAGCAUCUAUCCUCUACAAAACGUCUUCAUCAGGAAGGUCAAGAUCUUAAAGGCACCCAAGUUUGAUCUUGGAAAGCUUAUGGAGGUUCACGGCGAUGAAGAUGUUGGCACCAAGGUUGAGAGGCCUGCUGAGGAUGCAGUCCCUGAGGCACCUCAAGAGAUUGUUGGAGCUUAGAGGUUUCCAGUGUUUAGAGUUUUUGUUAUGUCCUCUGAACUUGAGUAAUCUUGUUACUUAUUGCUUGAUGUCCUAGUUUGGGAACAGGAAUGUCAUUUUGAUGUUUUGUGCGUUUAUUCUAUAUACCAUGUGCUUAAUGUUUAUUUUA